GAAACGCAAAGAAAACACUUUCCACUGAGUAUGUAUCUUGUGUAUAUAUUUUCAGUAACCGUGUGGAAGCCUGGACUAGGGAUGUUGACUUCCUGCUCCGACAAGAAGGGAGGCCCAUGGUGAAUCUUACUGGUGAUCGGAAACAUGUGAGAGUGAUGGAAGCAGAUUGGCGGAAUACUGAUAAAGCAGUAAAUUGGAUAAAGGAAGAAGCCAUUAACUUUACUCAACCAUUUGUUCUUUACUUGGGACUAAACUUACCACACCCAUAUCCAUCCCCUUAUGCAGGGGAAAAUUUUGGAUCCUCUACAUUUUUAACAUCUCCCUAUUGGCUUGAAAAGGUAACAUAUGAAGCUAUUAAAAUACCCAAGUGGUCUUCUCUUUCAGAGAUGCAUCCUGUAGACUAUUACUCAUCUUACACCAAGAAUUGCACAGGAAAGUUUACAAAGCAAGAAGUGAGAAACAUUAGAGCAUUUUAUUAUGCUAUGUGUGCGGAGACAGAUGCCAUGCUGGGUGAGAUUAUUUCAGCUCUGAGAGAUACUGGGCUUCUUAAAAAAACAAUCGUUAUAUUCACUGCAGAUCAUGGCGAACUUGCUAUGGAACACCGGCAGUUCUAUAAAAUGAGCAUGUAUGAAGGAAGUUCCCAUGUUCCUCUUCUAGUUAUGGGACCAGGUGUAAAAGAACAGCAGCAAGUACCAAAUGUGGUGUCUCUUGUGGAUAUAUAUCCUACUAUGCUUGAUAUAGCAAGAAUUCCUGUCCUGCAGAAUCUCAGUGGAUAUUCUCUUGUACCACUGCUACGUGGAAGGGCUGAAAACGGAGUGUCACCCAGAGGACCUCGGCCUUCGUGGGUGUUAAGUGAGUUCCAUGGAUGCAAUGUGAAUUCUUCCACGUACAUGCUUCGAACUGGCAAAUGGAAAUAUAUUGCCUACUCAGAUGGCCAUUCAGUACUUCCACAACUGUUUGACCUUACUGCCGAUCCAGAUGAGCUAACAAACGUUGCCAUAAAAUUCCCAGUAAUUGUACAUUCCUUGGACAAAAUACUCCGCUCUAUAGUAAACUAUCCAAAGGUUUCUUCUUCUGUUCAGGAGUAUAACAAAAGACAGUUUAUCAGUUGGAAACAAAGUUUGGGUCAGAAUUACUCAAAUGUUAUUGCCAACCUUAGGUGGCAUCAAGACUGGUUAAAGGAACCAAAAAAAUACGAGAAUGCAAUUGACAAGUGGCUUAGUCAAA